ACGUACCUUAGGUGUGCUUCAAGUUCUAACAGUUCAAUCAGAACAAUCUCUUGACCCUCUCUGAAAUUCCUUCAGAUUCUCCCUUCCCCUUUUUGAUUUUUCUUAGAAAACUCCCAACUUCGAAUCAAUAUGAAGAAAGUGGUGCUAAAGGUGGAACUCCAUGAUGACAAAAUCAAGAAAAAGGCCAUGAAGGCAGUAUCUGGUAUUUCAGGGGCAGAGUCAGUCUCAGUGGACAUGAAGGACCAGAAAAUGACUAUAAUUGGGGAUUUUGAUCCUGUAACAGCAGUUGGGAAGCUUAGAAAAUUCUGUAAUGCUGAGAUACUUUCAGUUGGACCAGCCAAAGAGGAGAAAAAAGAGAAACCAAAGAAAGAGGAUAAGAAGCCAGAAGCCAAUAAAAAUCCAAAGGAGGAAUAUGCUGAACUUCUGAAGGUAUAUGAAGCCUAUUAUAAUCAGACUAGACCUCUGCAAUAGCCUGUAUACUAUUACAGAACUUUGGAAGAGAAUCCAACUGGCUGUGUUAUUUGCUAAGUAUUGGAGUUUGAUGGAUAAUAAAUGAGAUCAAGGAAAGAAGAUGGUGGCUGGAGUUGAAAAAGAUUUAUGUUUCUGUUUUUGGAAUUUCCUUUUUUCCUUUCCUUUGUUAAGUUUUGGCCUUUCCUCUUGUUUUGGCACACAAAAGAAAAUAAAAAGUGCAGUCUAAAGCAGAGAAAUAUAAUAUGUACAUUAUUUUGUGGUGUAAUACAAUCAAUGUAUUCAAAUUUCUGGCAGUGUUACUUUAGAAUUGAGAACUGAAAAA